CAACUGAGUGUUCGUGAACAUAUGUUAUUAUUGUAUGGGUUUUGCGCAAGCUGCUGAUCAUCUGUUGUCAGACGUUAACAUAGCACGUCUACUGUUGUUAAUCUUUAGUAUAGUAGAAAGAAAACAGUACUCUUGGUAAGUGCACACGGUAUUUAAAGCCUGAAAUUGACACAAACCUGUGCCAAACUUUAAACCAUUGACUUUAAAGCUAGUCAUUGAAGAGAGGCUGUUAUUACACAGAGUGAGACCACACAUUAUCCUGCUUUUGGAGUUGUUGUUUAUGUAAGAAUCAAACUAAUUUAGGGAUUAAACUCACUCGCAAACAAAUAACAGUAACCCUGCAAUUUACCUGAGAAAAUCAUGGGUAUUAUGUUAGCACAGUGAUCGGGAACACCUAUAAAGCUAGGAGUUAGUGCAGGUAAAAUGGCAAUACUGUAGAACUACUCUAUCUGACUAGCAACAAUGAAGUGGAUUAUCCUCUUGUGCUUGGUCUCCACCUCUCUCUCCUCCAUACAUACUCAGAAAUUUUUCUUCAGCCCAAAAUGGGGUCCCAUUGGCUUUAAAGAGCGCGGAGAGCAUGGUGAGAGGACAGCAAUGGAUGAAAUCAUCAAAGCUAAUGAGUUGCAUGCUUCCCGAAUCAUAGACAGCACGACCAGCCUCAGAGAGGGAGACAUCGCUGUUUCUUCAGGAAGACGCUCCAAGGUCUGCUUCGCUCGUAGCUGCCUCUGGAAUAAGUCAGUGGAUGGACAUGUCUAUAUUGCGUAUAGGCUCUCAACUGAAUACACUGAAAUGGAGACAAAGCUGAUAAAGAAAGGAAUGGAAAAUGUCGAGAAAGGUACCUGUGUGCGUUUUGUUCCUCGGUCUCACCAGCAGGACUACAUUGACAUCCAAGCAAAGUCUGGGUGUUGGUCCUACCUUGGUGCGCGUGGUGGAAGACAGACUGUGUCCCUCCAGAGCCCUGACUGCCUGCAGGUCGGAGUGGUCUCCCAUGAAUUAAUGCACGCCCUGGGCUUUGUGCAUGAGCAGUCCCGCUUCGACCGAGACAGCUAUGUCACUGUCAUGUGGCCAAACAUUUGGAGGGACCGGUUGAGGAACUUUGAGAAAUUCAGGACUGACAAUCUGGAUCUUCCGUAUGACUAUGGCUCGAUCAUGCACUACGGGAUGUAUGCCUACUCUCAGGAUGGGGAGCCAACGAUCAUUCCUAAGAACAGCAACACCAAGGACAUAAAGCUGGGACAGACUACAAGUCUCAGCCACAUUGACAAGCUGAAGAUCAACAAGCUUUAUAAUUGUGGUGACAUGGAUGAUAACUAACCAAAGUGAACUGAGGUCAAACAGGAAUGUUCUGAAAGCUCCUUGAAUAAAAAAUAUGUUAUAUCAUGCAAAAAAAAAUUCAAUAAAGAUUGACUUAAGCUUUA